CCACAGACGCGGCUGCCUGAUGUGCUGCGGUUACGAUGCUGCUCCUCCUGGCCGUCAUGUCCUCGGUGGUUUUCAGCUCCGGAUUCGCCUUCGGAUCCCACUUCAGCUCAGGUGGCGCUCCAGUGAGUGAUCUGUCCUGGUCGUCCUCCCUGGCGGUGGUGGCCAUCUCCUUCUGUGGCCUCUUCACAUUCAUCCUCGUCAUGCUGGCCUGCUUCUGCUGUAAGAAAAAGGGCAAACCCGGCUUCAAGGAAUUUAAGAAUGCGGAUGUGGACGAGUACCACGCAGAUCUGUCCAUGUUGGCCUCACCGGCCUCCCAGAGCAGCCCAGAUGUCUACAUCCUGCCACUCUCCGAGGUGUCCCUACCGGUUGCUAAGCAACCUGCCCGAUCAGUCCACCUCCUGAAGUCCACAGACCUGGGCCGCCACAGUCUGCUCUACCUGAAAGACAUCGGGAAUGGUUGGUUCGGGAAGGUUCUGCUGGGUGAGGUCAACACAGGCCUAAACACCACACAAGUGGUUGUGAAGGAACUGAAAGCCAGCGCCGGCGUGCAGGACCAGAUGCAUUUCCUGGAGGAAGCGCAGCCAUACCGGUCCCUCCAGCAUCCAGCUCUACUGCAGUGUUUGGCUCAGUGUACGGAGGUCACACCCUACCUGCUGGUGAUGGAGUUUUGUCCACUGGGCGAUGUGAAGGGUUACCUCCGUGGCUGCAGGACUGCAGACACCCUGACCACCGAGCCCCUGAUCCUCCAGAGGAUGGCCUGCGACGUUGCAUCAGGACUCAUGCACCUGCACAAACACAGCUUCACGCUCAGUGACUUGGCUUUGAGGAACUGUCUGCUGACUGCUGAUGUGUCGGUGAAGAUAGGAGAUUACGGCCUGUCGCACACCAAGUACAAAGAUGAUUACUACGUGACGUCAGAGCAGGUCUAUGUGCCGCUGAGGUGGAUUGCUCCAGAACUGGUGGAUGAAGUCCACGGGAACCUGCUGGUGGCCGACCAGAACCAACAGAGCAACAUCUGGUCUCUGGGUGUGACGAUCUGGGAACUGUUUGAGCUUGGGAACCAACCCUACAGUAAUUACUCUGACAGACAAGUACUGACAUAUGCUGUGAGGGAGCAGCAGUUGCGACUGCCCAAACCGCUGCUCAAAGUGCCGCUGGCUGAGCGCUGGUAUGAGGUGAUGCAGUUCUGCUGGCUCCAGCCUGACCAGCGACCUAAUGCAGAGGAAGUCCACUUGCUGCUCAGCUACCUGUGUGCAAAGGGGGCCAGCGAGGCUGAGGAGGACUUUGAAAGGCGAUGGAACUCCCUCCGACCCAACGUCAGGCACAGCAGCCACUGCAGUGCUUCGACAUUGUCACGGGAUCACGCUUCAUCAAUCUCAUCUUCUUUCCCUCUUCUUGAGCAGUUUUCAGCUGCUGAUGGUUACCACUCAGAGUCUGGGGAUGACAUACUAACAGUUACGGAGACCAGCCAUGGUCUGAACUUCGAGUGCAAGUGGGAGCACCCGAGGUCUGACCAGCCUUACAGAGCAGCGGAUUCUUCUGGUUCUCUGGGUCAGGUCAGCCACCACUGUCAGGAGCCAUUUUAUCCACCAGGGGGCAUAGUUGGAGGCUGUGCCAUGGAAGAUCACAGUCGCAUGGUUUGUCCUCCUUAUUAUCAACCGAAACAGCUACAUGCUCCAGGUGUGCUACCUGUACUGAGUGCACACAGCCCCUCAGUGAACAGUGAAUACUACAUCCGCAUUGAAGAACCAGUAGACUGUAACAUGGAUCCAGAUUACACCCUGUGCUCCUACAGCCCAGACUACCAGGGCAGCAGUGGAAGUUUCUUGACUGGAAGUGCUGACUCCGGUGAGUGCAUGGCCUGCCCAUUGCAGGCUAAGAACAUCAGUGCUUACUGGUCAGCAAAUGUCCAUAAGUCGGAUGUUUAUGACUCCAAUGACUCAAGCCCUGCUAUCUCCCUGACAAUGGAGCCUCUGUUAGGUCAAAUUUCAAACAGCAGUCCCCUACAUCUCUGGGAGUCAAGUCACUAUGUCUCCUAUAAAGAUCGAGAUGGGGGUUACUAUUAUGAGCACUCUCCCCCAUUAGCAAUAGACCCCUACUUAAUUGAAGGAGAUCCACCUAAUGAGCAUCAGGAAAGCUGGGGUUCAAGGAGUUUGCGUGAAGCCUUGGGUGAGUUGGAGAAUCCACUGGGUAUGUCCCACUCCAUCAGAACACCACCUCAACAGGCCUACAGAGACGCAUACCUGGAUACAAACCAGACCUCCAUUAUCGGAAAGCAUAUGAGCAGGGGCUAUUACGACAUGAUGGGCUCCCUGAGGAAGACUAUGCCAAGACACACAAGGCGCCACAACCAUGCUGUCAGUAUCAACAUGGAGACGGCGGGGGCUCUCUUCAUCAGGCACAGAGACAGUGACUCUGAGGAAGAAGAGGAGGAGGAGGAGGAGGAGGACAUCUUCAUUGAGAGGCACACCUGCAAUACAUGGCCUUCGAAACACCGCCACAGCAGACUGGGUCACCACAGACGAGCGAGCCAUAGCUGCAGACAGGACAAUUAUGUAGAUUUCCAUUACACAAUGCCCAGUACAGACAUUGAAGACUCCUGGCCAGAGGACCACAGUCUGACCUUCCACUCCCUGCCCAAAUCUGUUGACUACCUUGAGCCCCAUCAGGUCAAGGACAAUGGCGCUUGCCUUAGCCUGAGUAAACACCACACGGUGGUGCCCUCAGACAACUGCAAUGCCUACAGCUACCUGUGCCACGAGGGUGAGCCGCAAAUGCCAGCAUCUUCUGGAGAGUGUUGCCACUCUCAAUUUGUUGACCCGCUCACCGGAUUGCUCAUCAGAACCAACAGCUACAGUCACAAGAAUUACAUCAGAGAUAAGGUUAUUGACAUCCCGAGUAAUGAUGAGAUGAUCAAUCUAUCACCAGCUCCCGGUGGACCCAUUGUGCCCAAACAUGCCAUAAUGAAACCUGACAUACCUCCCUCGGACAGCGGAGAACACUAUGUUGAUCUUACAACUGAUGAUGUACCAUUCAAAGAGAAGCGAGAGGAUGUAAUCAAGGAAAUUGUAAUCAGGCAACAACAGACAGAACCUAAAAUAGAAGAGGUGACCCUGACCAUGACUAAAGCUAGCCCACCCCCUCCUGACAGCAAACACGUGAUGGCAGCAUUCACGGAUCCACAGUCGGAGUCGAGUCACGCUGGAGACAGCGGAGUAGAUCGAGGCGGUUCAAGCGUGAGCCUCAUUGACAUCCUUGACUGUAGUGAUGAUGAUGAAGAGUACAUCACUGAUGAUACCACUGAUGUCACCUCAGGUAUCUUUGCCGAUGAGUCCGGUGAGCUCAAUGCUUCUCCUGCCUUCAAGUCACUACAAAAACAGGUCGGAACUCCUGAUUCUAUGGAUUCCAUGGAUCUACCGUCUGCAGCUGGGUCUUGUGAAGGACUCAGCCCUGCGUCCUCUCAUCCUUCCUGCUCCCCUAAAGCUAUGGACAGCGGCUAUGACACAGAAAAUAACGAGAGCCCUGAGUUUGUUCCUAAAGAGCCUCAUGAAUCUCGUGACCAAUCUGUGCCUGCCCCCAGCAUGAGCCUGGAAGAGGAUGAGGCAAAGAAGCAGCAUGGGACAGAAGCCAAAGUGGUCUGCUCAGGGGGUGAAAUAUUAAUGGGUGAAGAUGUGGAAGUCCUCUUACCACUGAGCGAUAAGACCCCAUACAGAGACUCUGCCUACUUUUCUGACUAUGAGAAUGAGAGGCACUCGAGGGAUGAAGGAAAAGAACCACCAGAGAACACAAGAAGUGGAGAAAAUGUUGAAAAGGAGCAGCACAUGGGGAUAAAGGGUGAGAAAAGGAAGAAUGAAGAGAUCGAGGAGGAACUUGUCGACACAAACAAACACACUCAUUUUGAAAUGAAACAGCUACUGACUAUAGCAACAGAGCCCUCCAGUGAUUUGGAGGAAUAUUUGACUGAAGAUUGUGGUCAAGAUGAGGGUCUGGGGCUUCCUCUGGAGACCUCUGACACUACGAUGGCAGUAGAGGAAGGCCUGGAUGAGUGGCCUUCACAUGACGAGAACUCAUCCCUGGGAGACUGGGCAGCAGAAGUGGUUGGUGCCAUGGAGGAAGCGCUUGGGGCGCUAAAUGAAGAACGUUCCUCCAGAGUCCAGAAGGAGGAAAUGGAGGAUAUGAUGGACUCCCUUCAAGUUUUUGAAACACCAGAAGCACCAGUGAUGAAGACUGUUCUAAACAGGCCAUCAGGGACAUCUGGUGGAAUCCUGCCCACUUUACCCAAAGACGAGAUAGCCUUACAGAAAACGGCAAACACCAGAUGGUUUUCAUCUUCAUCCUCCCUGCCGCCGUCUACACCUCCUCCUCUACUGUCAGCCAUGGAAGGCUGCACAUCUCCAGCUGAUGGCGAGGAGGCAGAUGAAGAGGAUGGCAACUCAGAUGAGAGCGAUGAAUCAGAUGAGGAACUACGGAGCUAUAGCGUGCAUGAUCAGAGUGGUGGGGAAGGGAGCGAGGACGAGUGCCACCCCGUGCCAAUUAUUGUGAGCGACAACAGCGAAGCCUACAAACUGCGCAGCCUCCUCAAGAUGCCCACAUUGCUCACGUCAGAGAACCUGGACGAGGAGCUGGAGCGCAAGAAGAAGACUGUGUCUUUCUUUGAUGAUGUGACCGUGUAUCUGUUCAAUCAGGAAAGUCCGACUAAGGAGUUGGCUGAGCACAGCUUUCCUUUAGGAGCCAAGGGUCAAAGUUCACAAAGCAAAUCCCAGGAAAGGGUGAACGCCUCAGAUGACUCCUCUGAUGGAAACAUCUCAGAGGAAAGUGCUGGGUAUGAAUGGGAGGAUGACUUCCCCCUGCUCCCCCUGCCAACAUCUUCAGACCCCUCGGACUCAACCCCACCUCGUCCCGUUUCCAAAGUCCCAGAACCCAAACCGGUGGUGCAGUUCUCCCGCUUCACCAUCUCACCCACUGUAUCCAGAUUCUCCAUCACACACAUCUCAGACUCUGAUAUGGACUCUGCAAGAGGUGACUCAGAUAACACAGAUGUAAAAUAACAUGUUUUUCAAUUU